GCGGACGGUGGCUGGUGCACGCUAGUAUUGCGAAUUUGGGUAUCAUAAUAUAAUUUUCACUCAGUAAUUGCGUACAAAAUAUAAAUAUCGGGGUGAUUUAACAUUAUUAUAUUAUUUACUAUUUCUUGCAAAUCGCGUGUCGGCUCGCGUCGCGGUAUUCGCCAAUGGCGCUGUGCUAGCGAGACGCGUUGUGCGGUGCAGUCUGUCCGCCGACGUCGCAUCAAUUCAGUGACAAAGCCUCAAGAUGACGCAGUUUCUUCCGCCGAAUCUGCUGGCACUGUUCGCGGCACGGGAUCCGAUCCCGUACUUGCCGCCGGCCGCGAAGCUGCCCCACGAGAAGAAGCAGAAGGGCUACGACGGCGUGGGAGCGUUCCUGUCGGGCUUCGAGCUGCCGGGCGAGACUCCGCCCCCGACGCGCGUCGAGACCCGCGAGGAGCGCGCGGAGAGGCGCCGCCGCGAGCGCGCCGAGCAGGCCGCCUACAAGCUGGAGCAGGAGAUCGCGCUGUGGGACCCGCACGCCAACGCGAGGGCCACCCUGGACCCCUUCAAGACGCUCUUCGUGGCGCGCAUCAACUAUGACACGUCCGAGUCCAAAUUGCGAAGGGAAUUUGAGGGCUAUGGACCUAUCAAAAAGAUCUUCAUGGUUUUCAACAAGGAGAAUGACAAGCCGCGUGGCUAUGCUUUCAUCGAGUACGAGCACGAGAGGGACAUGCACUCGGCGUACAAGCACGCGGACGGCAAGAAGAUCGACGGCAAGCGCGUGCUGGUCGACGUCGAGAGAGCCAGGACCGUCAAGGGCUGGUUGCCGAGGCGCCUGGGCGGCGGGCUGGGCGGCACGCGCCGCGGCGGCGCCGACGUCAACAUCAAGCACUCGGGGCGGGAGGACAACGAGCGCGAGCGGGAGCGCUACCGGCUGGAGCAGCGCGACAAGGACGACCGCACGCGCCACGACCGCGAGCGGGAGCGGGACCGUGAGUACCGCCGCGGCGCAAGCGCGGCCGCCACGCGCGCUGACGCCCGCCUCUCCGCAGGGGGCCGCCGGCGCUCGCGCUCGCGCUCGCGGCGCCGCUCGGGCUCGCGCACGCGCAGACGCGAGCGGCCGCGCCCCGACGCCGAGCGCGCGCGCGACGACGACGCCGACAGGCGGCGGCGGCGCUCGCGCUCGCGCUCGGAGCGCCGGCGCGAGCGGCGCGACAAGGACCGCGACAAGGAGCGCGACCGCGACAAGAAGCGCUCGCGCAAGGACCGCGACCGCAAGGAGGCCAAGGUCAAGCCGGAGGACAUCAAGGUCAAGCAGGAGCCCGUGGACGACUAUCCGGAGUUCAGCGUGUCGGGCGGCGUGGCCGUCAAGGUGGAGCCGGCCGACCACGACCACGACGACCGCGACCACCGCGAGCACGACCACGACGACAGCAAGUACGCGCCCGACGAGCACGACGACGCCAACGGCGACUACUACUAGCGUCGGCCGCGGCCCCGCGCGGGCGGCGACUCGCUCCCGACGUCUGUCACGCGUCCCCGCGAGAGGGGUCGCGUGACAAACGCCAGGUGACGAGAGCGCACCGCGCGCUGCCCCCUUCGGCUCUCGGCUCUCCUUUGUGCGACGGCCGGCCGCUGUCCAAAGUGUCGCCCGAUGAAAAGAAAAUUGUGCGAUAUCAAAUUAAUGAUUUAAGAAUAUUUUUCAG